GGCAAGAGAGAAAGCGGGAGUACAAGGGAACGAGAGAAAGGAAGAGAAUAGAAAGAGAGAGAAAAACGGCUGAGAGAGAAAGAUUGGGGGAAAUAAAAAGAGAGAGAGAAAGAGGGAGAGGGGAAAGAGGGAGACGGAGAGGGAGAGAGAAUGGCAUUCCUGGACAACCCCGCCAUCAUCUUGGCGCAUAUCCGGCAGUCCCACGUGACCAGCGAUGACACGGGCAUGUGCGAGGUCGUCCUGAUCGACCACGACGUGGACCUGGAGCGGUGCCAGCAGUCCUCCGCCCCGGGGGACGGGGGGCGGGGCAUGUCCGGGCCCAGCUCCCUGGGGGACGGCGGUGCCGGUGAGACCCAGGGCUGCGACCUGUCCCAGUCCGUUGACAUAACCUCCAGCUGGGACUUCGGCAUCCGCCGGAGGUCCAACACAGGGAACCCAGGCAGACGUGAGAGGCCCGGGGCAGCCGCUCAAAAGCUGGAAAGACUGAGGAAGGAACGUCAGAAUCAGAUAAAAUGCAAAAACGUGCAGUGGAAGGAGAGGAGCUCUUCACAGUCAGCGGAAGACAUGGGCUCCCUGUUUGAGAAGAAGGAUUUCCGGGACCGUCCUCGGACCGCGGGGCGGCAGUCUACCCUCUCCCUGAGGCUGGAGCAGUGCCCCCAGCAGCUCAACAACCCUUUCAAUGAGUACUCCAAAUUCGACGGCAAGGGCCACAUCGGCACGACCGCGACCAGAAAAAUCGACGUCUACCUCUCGAUGCAGACGGGGCAGGAGAAGCUGCACCCCAUGACGGUGGUCACCAUGGCUACCGCCCGAGUCCACGACCUCAUCGGCCUCAUCUGCUGGCAGUACACCAGUGAGAACCGCGAGCCCAAACUCAAUGAGAACGUCAGUGCGUACUGCCUGCACAUUGCUGAGGAUGAUGGGGAGGUGGACACCGACUUCCCCCCGCUGGACUCCAACGAGCCCUUCCACAAGUUCAGCUUCGGCACCCUGGCCCUGGUGGAGAAGUACACCUCCCCGGGCAUGGCCUCCAAACAGUCGCAGUUCGUCAGAAUAAACGCUGCCCACGGUUUCUCCCUCAUCCCGGUGGACAGCAUGAAGGUGACCAUGAAGGAGAUCCUGCAGAAAGCGCUCAAAAAGAGGAAGGGCUCCCAGAAGGGCUCAGGCCCUCAGUACCGGCUGGAGAGGCAGACGGAACCCAACGUGGCCGUGGACCUGGACUGCACGCUGGAGAGCCAGAACACGCUCGAGUUCUGCCUGGUCCGAGAGAACAGCUCCAGGGGGGAGGAGAGCUCGGAGGAAGACCCGCCCAUCGACAUCACCACCGUGCAGGACAUGCUGAGCAGCCACCACUACAAAUCCUUCAAGAUCAGCAUGAUCCACAAGCUUCGCUUCACCACCGACAUCCAGCUCGGUGUCUCUGGAGAGAAGGUGGAGAUCGACCCUGUCACUAACCAGAAGGCCAGCACUAAGUUCUGGAUCCGCCAGAAGCCCAUUUCCAUCGACUCGGACCUCCUGUGUGCCUGCGACCUGGUGGAGGAGAAGAGUCCCAGUCAUGCCAUAUUCAAGGUCACCUAUCUCAGCAACCACGACUACAAGCCCUUGUACUUUGAGUCUGAUGCGGCCACAGUCAAUGAGAUCGUACUGAAGGUGAACUACAUCCUGGAGUCGCGGGCGAGCACCACCCGGGCCGACUACUUCGCCCAGAAGCAACGCAAGCUCAGCCGCCGCACCAGUUUCAGCUUCCAGAAGGAGAAGAAGGGCAACCAGUAACCCUCCCCCUCUCCCCGCGUGGACCAAAGGGCGCCCGUGUUGAGCUGGACGGACAGACGUACGAACGAAUGGGCAGAUGGAGGAGGCGGAGCCUGGAGGAGGAGGGGCCAAGCACAGAAGCUGAGAAUGCAUCCCCCCAGGAAAGGACAAACCUGACCGACCUAGCGCCUCGGGUGUGAGGUUACGGUCACAGUUCUCUGCCACAGCGCCCCCUUUUGUCAACAUGAGGAUCUCCACCCUCUGGAUGCCAUAUCAGUGCAUAGACAGUUCAUUAUUAUUGUUAUUACAAGUUAUUUUUUAUUUUAUAUAAAAAAAGACAUCUGUGGAGUACAAGCAAACGCACAUAGCACCAGAAGUGAACCAAGGAUUAUGGUGCCUGUCCUCAAUUUCACGAAACUGCGUGGGAAAGAAAGGCGGGAGAGGGGUGCAUUUCUGUGAGCGUGUGUGUGAGUGUGUGCGCCGUUGCCAGAAUCAGUCGGUGAAAUCCACUGGCUGCAGACGGGCUUGCACAUGAAGGCGUUCCCGAUGCAGACAUUCGCGGGGUGCACAGCGCGAGCGCGGUUCCAUUCAGACCACACCCUUCACCCUGUACGCGUUUGUGAUGCGUAAGCUUUAUGGGGACUCCUCCCACAGUCCUGCGCAUAAAGGAACGGGCCUUGCGUUCGGUAUUUGUAAAUAGCUGUUCGAUUCAGGGUAAACCAACACGACGAAACUUGCUCUGGCCAUAGUACUUCAGUGCCUGAAACAGUACAGUAGGGUGUACAUGUAAUGCCAGUUUUGUUUUUGUAUUCGCAGAAGUGUUAAGGUUUUUUUUUUUUUUUUUAAACUCUUGCUUAAGGAAGGCCGGCAGUUCCAAACCUGUAGAUCGGAGAAGAAUCUUAAUCGUGUACAGAGUAGGAAGUGCUGUUCGGCACGGACGGGAGGAAUACUGCAGUGAAAUGAAAGGUUUUUAAGACCAGGAGAAUAUUUUAUGUACUGUGAUAAGUGACUCUACACUGCAUUGUAUGUAUUAAGUGUAAGAUGUGGGGGGGGGGGUGGGGUGGGGGGUGGGGGGUGCCCUGUCUGUCAAACAGAUUAAAACGUUCGUUCAGGCUGACCAAUCAGAGCCAGUCUAGAGAAUGUAUGACUUUUUACAGAAAUGUUUUUUGCUGUUAAGACACAAUUAUAACGCUUACCCAUUUCUGCGGUUCUUUAUUUUGUUUAUUUGUUACUUUUUUUUUCCGAUGCUGCUGAAUGACUGAAUGAAUGCAUUUCAGGGGGGUACAGUUAAGAGUAGUUAUUUUAUUCAGAUCCAAUCCUUAGACUCAGGGGUUCUGUUCAGCAAUGUUUGUCAAUUCGCUGUUAACUUUCUCCUUCUCCCUCUUUCCCUCUCUUUUUUUAAACGGAAAACUGACAGAAGCGCUCCACGCACCUUUUUCUCAGAUGUUGGUAGACGGCUCAAAUUUUUUUGGGAACUGCUUGUGUUUCUGAAUGAACUGCCCAUUAAAGUCAUUUCAAGUGA